CAGCCCUGCAGUAGGAGGGGCAGACACAAGAUGCAGUCAGAGGGACAGGAUGGAGGGGACUGUGCUGACGCUGGGGCUGCUGGCCACCUUUGUCAUUUGUGGCAGCUGGGGCCUGAACGAGGAGGAGCGGCUGAUCCGGCACCUGUUCCACGAGAAGGGCUACAGCAAGGAGCUCCGGCCCGUGGCACACAAAGAGGAGAGCGUGGAAGUCUCGCUGGCCCUCACCCUCUCCAACCUCAUCUCUCUGAAAGAAGUCGAGGAGACCCUCACCACCAACGUGUGGAUAGAACACGGCUGGACAGACAGCCGUCUGAAGUGGGACGCCAAUGAAUUUGGGAACAUCAGCGUCCUGCGCCUGCCCCCCGACAUGCUGUGGCUCCCAGAGAUCGUGCUGGAGAACAACAAUGACGGCUCCUUCCAGAUUUCCUACUCCUGCAACGUGCUCGUCUAUGACUCGGGCUACGUGUACUGGCUGCCGCCUGCCAUCUUCCGCUCCUCCUGUCCCAUCUCUGUCACCUACUUCCCCUUCGACUGGCAGAACUGCUCCCUCAAGUUCAGUUCGCUCAAGUACACGGCCAAGGAGAUCACCCUGAGCCUGAAGCAGGAAAAGGAACAGGGCCGCCCCUACCCCGUGGAGUGGAUCAUCAUCGACCCUGAGGGCUUCACAGAAAACGGGGAGUGGGAGAUAGUGCACCGGCCGGCCAGGGUCAACGUGGACCCCCACGCCCCGCUGGACAGCCCCAGCCGCCAGGACGUCACCUUCUACCUCAUCAUCCGCCGCAAGCCUCUCUUCUACAUCAUCAACAUCCUGGUGCCCUGCGUGCUCAUCUCCUUCAUGGUCAACCUGGUCUUCUACCUGCCAGCCGACAGUGGUGAGAAGACGUCAGUGGCCAUCUCGGUGCUCCUGGCCCAGUCUGUCUUCUUGCUGCUCAUCUCCAAGCGGCUGCCUGCCACGUCCAUGGCCAUCCCCCUCAUCGGCAAGUUCCUGCUCUUUGGCAUGGUGCUGGUCACCAUGGUCGUGGUGAUCUGUGUCAUCGUGCUCAACAUACACUUCCGAACACCCAGCACCCACGUGCUGUCCGAGGGCGUCAAGAAGCUCUUUCUGGAGACUCUGCCCAAGAUCCUGCACAUGUCCCGCCCGGCAGAGGAUGGACCCAGCCCUGGGGCCCUGGUCCGGAGGAGCAGCUCCCUGGGCUACAUGUCCAAGGCUGAGGAAUACUUCUUGCUUAAGUCACGCAGUGACCUCAUGUUUGAGAAGCAGUCAGAGCGGCAUGGGCUGGCCCGACGCCUCACCACUGCACGCCGGCCUUCAGCAAGCUCUGAGCAGGCCCAGCAGGAACUCUUCAGCGAGCUAAAGCCGGCUGUGGAUGGGGCAAAUUUCAUCGUUAACCACAUGAGGGACCAGAACAAUUACAAUGAGGAGAAGGACAGCUGGAACCGUGUGGCACGCACAGUGGACCGCCUCUGCCUGUUUGUGGUGACACCCAUCAUGGUGAUGGGCACGGCCUGGAUCUUUCUGCAGGGCAUCUACAACCAGCCCCCACCUCAGCCUUUCCCUGGAGAUCCCUACUCUUACCAAGUGCAGGACAAGCGCUUCAUCUAGGGUGGGCUGCAGGGGUAGCCAGGCAGACAGCAGGGUCUAAGAGAGGAGCAGCUCUCCCUAGGAGGGCCAGCUCCUGGCCUGAGGCUUGUGCCCUGUGGGUCCUGCAAGGCUUGGGGUGGAGACGCAGGAAGUGAAGGGGCAGCCCCAGUCCUCAGUAGCAGUUCCUUUGCAAAUAAAGACAGGAGCCACCCAGGAUGGUCUGAGAGAGGUCGUCGGCUGGAAGAGAUGGGCAGGACGAUGUGAGGGAGGCAGGAGGCUGGCUCAGGGGCCAGGGAGGAUGCCACACAGGCUGGCCUCAUGGGGAGAGCUCUGUGAGGGAUCAGACAGAGGCCUCUUCUCUGCCUCCCCCUCCCCCCUAGGUGGGGGUAGAGAAGGCAGGAUUUUGUGCCUUCACUUCCUGGCUCCUCCAGCCACCCUCAACCUCGGGCUUCUGAAGCCUCACCUGGAGCUGAGGUUGGGGACGCCUCUCUCC